CUGUCACGUGCACAGUGAAAACUGUCAGGUACCGGGUAGAGGUGAAACAAUGGACAAAGAGAUUCACAACGUAUUCCCGCAAAGGUGAAAAAUGAAAUGUGACUGUGAGCAGGACUUGAACAAGGCAGCAUGAUACCGGAUGAUACCAAAUACCGGACUGGAACUCUGGACCAGGACUGGAGAACAAGAGGCAGGAGUAGACAGGACGGGCACUUGGGACUGGAACAUAAAUACCUAUGCAACACACUGGGGAAACAGGGAAGUAAUGAUCGCUAAGAAAGCACAAUAGAAAUGCUGAUUAAGAAUCCACAAUCUGUCCUCUGCCGCUUGCUCCUUUUAUACCUUAGCAAGUACCAGAUUAUCAACAGGUGCUUUGGUCUGGGCUAGCGGCACUGAGUGGCGCCUCCUGUGGCCGGUGGCGGUAUUGCACCCCGUGGGUCGUGACAAUUUUCGCAGCACUUAUUUUAUCCUUCAGCAUGACCUUUAAUUCUUAUGUAAUGAUUUAAAUGGUUCAUAUAUGGUAUAGCUGCAUAAACUGAAGAAACGAACACUGAACAAUACAUUUUAAUAAACCGACAAACGCCAUAAGCACUCCACGUAAACGCUAUUGUAAUGAGAAAGUGAAUAUAUUUCAGUUCCAAAGAAAUUGACACUGAAUUUAAUUUUAAAAUACAUGUUAAAAAUUAAAUAUUUUGAAAUCACGCUUGCUUAGCAGCUGAAUAAUUUCACCUGCAGUCAUUUGCGACGUUAUAUCAUAAAUGACGGAGAAACACUUGGCGGAAAGAAAAUAUUGUUUUUAUUUUAUUUUCAAACAUCAUCAGGAUGAUGAAUUCAUGAGCGACACAGAAUUCCAUACCACCGGUCUUUACUGGACUGCGGCGCUAACACACACUGGCAGCUGAUACACCAACUUGUUCAGUUCUCCAAGUAAACACACCGAUGAUCAGUACACGGGUAAAACAGUGUACACUCACCAUCCAAACAGGCAGCAGGUGACCGGAUUAUGGGGAGGUUCCUCCUUUUCAUCUGUCUGAUGCCAUAUUUAUUUGUUUAUUUAGUGAAGCACUCCGUUGCCAUGGAGACGCUCUGCGGCGCGUCAAUACGGAGCUCGUAGCGCAUUUUUGCAGUUGUCCUUUCCGUCAAUGCUGUUUUUUAUCGCACGUGCGAACAAUUAACGUGAGUAGGCCUCCUAUGUCAUACUAAGAGCUCAUUAAUCAUAGACACGUGUGUCCAUGUAUAUUUAUGUCACUGCUUUCUGUAAAUGUAUGAAACACACAAAAAGUUGGCGCCCCCACUGGGACAUGUUGCUCCCUGUGGGUUAAACUGGUGUAGAAUAGGAAGGUUCCUCCUGGCAAAAUCUCUACUAUAUGAUCAGUUUAAUGAGACUAAGCAGCAGGAUAGAUUGAUGUGAACAUGGUGUUAUGAAGGGAGCUCCAGAAAUACCCAGAACCCGAGCGGAUUGGAAAUGAGUUUUGCUUCUUUUUGGCGCAGGUUCAUACCAGGCAAUGGCCAGAAUUGAAAAGCUGUACCAUUGCCUGAGGGUUUUGAUGAUGGCACUUUGUGGGAUCAUUUUUUUAAGUGGUUUUGCGUUUCUUGGUUUUGGAGCAUGGAUGAAACACGACUCCUUCUACUACGCAAAAGUGACAGGGCUUUUCUUUGAACAUCUGGUGAACCUGGCGUACAUCUGCUUGGGGAUGGGUGCCCUCCUGUGCCUCGUGGGCAUCACUGGCUUCUGUGCGGCCAUGAAGGAAAAUUGGUGUCUCAUCACGCUGUCCUUCUCCAGCUUGGCAGUGUUGUUCUGCACAAAGAUUUUUGGAACCAUCUUUGUCUUCGCAUACAGGGACCUGAGUGUAGUGAUAGUACGUGAUGUCGGUAAGAAGUCCCUGCAGACUGCAUAUAUGGGCCCCGCAGCAACAGACCCAGUAUCGACAGUAUGGAACACCAUUAUCACGACGUACGAAUGCUGUGGCUUCGAGAACUCAAUAGUGGACUUUGAAAAGUCGGUGUUCAGCACCACCACAGGGCUGAAAUAUCCCAAGAUCUGCUGUGUAGACAAGAACUCCAACAAGUGCAACGGUACCAAUACAGCGGAGGGGCUGGUUUACCCUGAGAGCUGCUUUGGCAAACUGACCGAUGGAAUUCAGGAGAAGUUCUUUGUCAUUGGAAGCACAACUGCUGCCAUCUGUGUGGCAGAGUUUUUGGCCAUGAUGAUAUCAGUGGUGUUGUUUCUGAGGCGUUCAAACAAGGAGCAGUAUAGAAUCCAGGGCACAGUGGCAAACUGAUUUUGCUGGUUUUUAUGGAUACUAAAUAUACUGUCCUAAACAAUUGAGUCUCCAAGUCAUCAGCAGUUAUGACUCACUUUGAUCUCUUCUAAAAUACUGAGCAACAGUGUCAAUACACAUGGAGACCACCUUUGUAAUGCACAUUUGUGACGAUUGAUGCUGUUUACGACCCGUUAAACCUAUUGAGAAAGCCAUCUUCGAAAAAGUAAGCGCACCCAACGAUUUGGUAGUUGCAGACGUCCAGUAACGGCAAUGACUUGAUGAAAUUAUUGUACAAAUUUUAUCACUCUACGUCACAGAGGAGGAAUUCUGGCUGACUUCUCUUUAUAAACUGGUUCCGCUCACUGAUGUGUGAGGGCAUUCUUUUACGCACAUCUCUAGUAAGCCUCCCCACAGCGUCUCAGUAAAAUCUGGACCAUUAUUUGACCAUUCCACAACCUCGAACCUUUGCUUUUUCAACCAUUCAAUUAUAGAUUUACUGAUGUGCUUAGGUCAUUAUCCCGCUGCGUGAUCCAGUUCCAGACAAGGUUUAGCUGUUGGACAGAUGCUCCCCCCAUUUUCCUCUGGAAUACACUGGUACAGAGAGCAGUUCAUGGUGGACCCAAUAAUUGCAGCUCUUGGUUAUUUCAGAUACAGCUGUUUUUCUCUGCCUAUCCUCCUCCAAAAUCAUAUUGUCCAGCCUUUUCCCAAAUUUUGGAACCAUGACUUGUAAUAUUCAUUGCGUUGACAGAGGUUGUAGGUUCCCCGAUGUAGCUUUUGAGUUGUUUCCAACUUCUCUGGGCAUCAUGCUGCCUAAUGCUCAGGUGGAUAUUCAGGUGGUAGAUAUCCUAAAUGCACCCAACUUGUAAAGGAUCUUCCUCAUUGUGGAAUGACGGAGUCUAUAUUUUUUGGAAAUGGGUUUUGUAACCCUUCCCAGAUUGAUGAAAAGGUAAAGCUGCUUCUUUGACAUCACCACAGAUUAUUUUCUUUCGCUGGUGACUUUUGCUUUUAGACACAGGUGGUAGCACUUCGUGAUUAUCACCUAGCCGUGUCCACUUGAUCAGCAGCAUUUGGUCCUAAUACUGCAUCUCUGAUGCUGAAGCAGUAGGGGUGCGUUUACUUCUUCCACACAUGGCAUCUGCAUGUUGACUUAUUUCUGAGCAAAUAAUGACAAGUUCUGUUAAGCGGGGUUAGAUCUAUCUACUGUUAGGACUUAGUGAGAACUAGAUAGUUAAUGUUCUAAUAUGUUAAACCAUAGAGGUAAAACUUCGGUUUUCUCAUAGAUAUACAUGGUGAUACAUCCACCUGCUCAAAAACUUGAGUUAUUUAUACAUGAAAAGGCAAAUAUAAAAGGUACAAAAAACCCACGUGUUAUGUGUCUCACUGAUUUCAAAUCCAAUGAAAAUAAUGUCUUUGGAACUGUUCUUCAAAGGAAGGAAAUACACAUACACACGGAAACCGCUUGUCCCAAGCGAGGUUGCGGUGAGCCAGAGCCUAAC